UACUUUUUUUUUUUCUUCCAGCCAAGCAUCCAAUUGCCAAUCACAUACAUGUUACGAUCUUCAUAUCUACGAAACUUUUGAGAAAAAAAAAGAAAAGAAAGAAAGAACGAACGAAAAGAAAAAGAGCCGAAGCCAUGCAGUGUUAAAUGUUGGCAACUCAAACGCGUCGAUACUCGCGUGCAAAGAGAGAGCAACCAGAGACGCGCGCGCUCUUGCGUCCGUGCGCGAGAGGCGAAAAGGCGUCCAUUUAAAACCAAUAAAUCCGCGCACGACAGCCCCUUUCUUUGCUUUUGAAGAAUUAAAUAAAGAAAUCAAGCUGGCUCACGCUGUCUCAAACCCGACCACUUUGACAGCUGCUCUUCACCCCCUUUGGAGGACUGUCAACAGCAAAAGGAUGGCAUCAGAACUGGCAAUGAGCAGCUCCGACCUGCCCACCAGUCCCCUGGCCAUGGAAUAUGUUAAUGACUUCGAUCUGAUGAAGUUUGAAGUGAAAAAGGAGCCGGUGGAGCCCGAUCGCAGCAUCAGCCAGUGCAGCCGCCUGAUCGCCGGGGGAUCCUUGUCUUCCACCCCGAUGAGCACACCUUGCAGCUCGGUUCCCCCUUCCCCAAGCUUCUCGGCGCCCAGCCCGGGCUCCGGGAGCGAGCAGAAGGCGCACCUGGAGGAUUUCUACUGGAUGACCGGCUACCAGCAGCAGCUCAACCCGGAGGCGCUGGGCUUCAGCCCCGAGGACGCGGUGGAGGCGCUCAUCAACAGCACGCACCAGCUCCAGAGCUUCGACGGCUAUGCUAGAGGGCAGCAGUUCACCGGCGCGGCCGGGACGGGAGGCGCGAUGCCCGGGGAGGAGAUGGGCUCCGCCGCAGCGGUGGUCUCCGCAGUCAUCGCCGCCGCCGCAGCGCAGAACGGUGCACCGCACCACCACCACCACCAUCACCAUCACAACCACCACCCCGCCGGGCACCAUCCGACGCCCGGGGUGCAGUCCAACGGCAACUCCUCCAACCACCACCAGCACAUGCACCUGGACGACCGCUUCUCGGACGAGCAGUUGGUGACCAUGUCCGUGCGCGAGCUCAACCGGCAGCUCCGGGGGGUCAGCAAAGAGGAGGUGAUCCGACUCAAACAGAAGAGGAGAACCCUCAAAAACAGAGGCUAUGCCCAGUCGUGUCGCUACAAGCGGGUCCAGCAGAGGCACGUCCUGGAGGGCGAGAAGAGCCAGCUCGUGCAGCAGGUGGACCACCUCAAGCAGGAGAUCUCCAGACUGGUGCGCGAGAGAGACGUGUACAAAGAAAAAUACGAGAAGCUCAUCAGCAGCGGCUUCCGAGAAAACGGAUCGAGCAGUGACAACAACCCGUCGUCCCCGGAGUUUUUCAUGACAUCGCGGAAAUUUCUACACCUGUGAUAUGACCUCUGACCCUUGCCAUUUGCCCCUGCAGUCUAAGACAGUGCAACACUGGAAUGCUUCUGGCUUAGAGUGACCCACGGCUCCAAGACUGCCACAAAGCACAACCUCUUUUACCCCUGAUGAAGAAGACAGUGAGCAGGAGAAAGAGGAUGGAGGACAAACCCUACAUAAAAAA